GCUGGGAACAGGAGGGACGUACAAGUUGAACAAACAAACUGCACAAAGUGUUCUUUUACACAAAGCGCACGUCACUGUUACGCGGUGGAUAGGUGAGCUGCAGACAGGUGAGGAGAGCCGGUUUAUGUGUUUGGAUUAACUGAUAGGCCGCCCCAAAUCAUCACCUGAGUUGAUCUAUUUGAAUGGAGGACUUUCACAUCUGUCCAGUGACUAACUACUACCAGAGGAUCCUUCUACCAGUCUGCUACAGCAUCGUGUUUCUGCUGGGCUUGACUUUAAACAGUGCCGUGCUGUGGUCCGUGUUCAGCCGGACGCGCCGCUGGAGUAGCACAGUCAUCUACAUGAGCAACCUCGCCAUGGCGGAUCUCUUCUACGUGCUGGCUUUGCCACCCCUCAUCAUCAGCAAUGCCAAAGGCGGACUGUGGCCUUUCGGCAACAUCAUCUGCAAGACCGUCAGAUUCUUCUUUUUUGUCAACCUCCACUGUAGUAUGAUGUUUCUCACCUGCGUCAGCGUGCACCGGUUCCUCGGUGUGUGCUUCCCCAUCCCCGCCGUGCGCCUUAGGACCAGAAAACUCGCCCUCUAUGCGUCAGGCUCGGUUUGGUUUCUGGCCACUGUUGAGAUAUUACCGACGCUGUUUUUUGCGCACACUGGUGUGAUCAAUAACACGACCGUGUGCUUUGAAAUGACUAACCCCGGCCACUUUAACGCUUAUUUCCCCUAUGGGUUGUUUUUAGCCAUAGUAGGUUUUCUCCUGCCUUUCCUCAUUGUCAUCACUUGUUACUGCUCCAUGAUGAAGGUGCUUUUCUGCAGGGCCGCAGGCAGCAUCUCUAAUACCAGGACAGCCCGUAUGCGCAACAAGUCCCUGUACACUUUAUUAAUUGUGAUACUGCUGUUCGUGGUGUGUUUUGUGCCCUAUCACGUCGCUCGGACAGUUUACUUGUUUGUGAGGGUCUACAUGCCCGGAGACUGUGACCUCCUAAACACGGCCAUGAUCUCCUUCAAGGCCUGGAAACCUGUGGUCAGUUUUAACUGCUGCGCAAAUCCUCUCCUCUACUUUUGUGGCUCUGGACGGCACCGCCAGAAAAUCCGGGCCUGGCUGUGGACGAGGAAGAAGAGAGUGCAGCCCAGCGUGUGUGUGGUGGAUGGCAGCACAAACAGGUCCGGAGAUUAGAGAGCAUCCACCAGAGGGACUUUUAUCACGAGUCGACAGACAGCAAAAGACACUGGGACUGUACCAAACACUGUCCACAAGCUGUGUUUAAUAACUCAUUUUAUUUUAAAUAGAAAAAAUAUGUAUUUGACAUUCAACAGGUCAUGGGAAUCACUGAGUGUGAGGCUUUCUGACUUACACCAACUUACUGCUACCUAUAAAACCUGAAGGGGAGGCAAAAGUAAGGAACUAACUAACAAAUAGUGAGGCUGUAAAAGCUGGUGUUAAGAGGCAAUCAUACUGUGGUCCAGAGGUGACAUUAAACAUUUGAGGGAGUUGGUGCCCUCUGUCGUUUGAAGAGGGUUGAGUCACUAAGAGUAUCAGUCAAAUUUUUUUUAUGAU